GAACGUGGGAAAGAAGUUUCGAAGCCCGCCUCUUUCCCACAGUUCGCAACCACCGGGCACCAUAGAACAAGUUCCAUCCCCCUAUUAUUCAAUCUUUUUUCCCCCUUUUCCCAUCACAAGGCCUCCAUCUGCGAUCAACAACGAUCAUGCUCGAUUCCGUUUUGGCGAUUAUUUGCAUUUCAACCGUGAACAAGCGGAUUGAACAUUACCGUUGUUUUGGCGUUGGAAACUUCCAUUUGGCGUUUUUACAUUUGGCGUGAUAGUGGAAACUUUUUAAUUCAUGCAACCUUUUCCAGUGCAUGACUUCUGGGAGGUUAAAUAAUAUUACUUCAUUCUCACACUAGAGAUUGUCAACUUAACAGUUAAAUUCACUUCGCCCAGUUUCAAAUGAGUUUUCAUGCAUCCAACUUAUUUUGUUAAUACUUCUAAAUUUACCAAUUAAGCUUUUUGCUGUUUUGGAAACAAUUGAAAGGAUCCCAUCUCUAGAACCACCUAUUUUAAAUUGACAACAUGGCUUUGAUUACUUCAACUUACGCUAUCCUGAUGUUGUUGACACUACUUGCUAUUACUGUUUCAUCUGCCCCUAUUUGCAACGGCAACUCUGACUGCAGUGACAAACCAUCUCUUGUGACCAAUUAUCCAGGGCAAUGGCCAUCCAGUUACUGCAAGGUCCGAAACGUUAUCUUCAGCACCGGUGACCAAGUCUUGAGGAUUGAUGGAGACUUGUCUGACCUUGAUGCAUGCCAUCAGACUAAAAACAUUUGGAAGUUUGAAAGUGCCAAAUCUGACCAACAUCAUCAAUCAUUGAAUAACAUUGUUUGUGAUCAAGUGUUUAGCCGUGGACAUUUUUUCACUCCUUACUACUACCAUGGUAGUAAUUACUUCCAUCUUCACUAUGACACACUUUUGCCCUUGUUUGUUGCUCUUCAUCAGGAUUCCACCAAAUCCUCAUCUGGUGCAAUCAAAGAUAUUGCUUUACUUCCUGGAAUAGAGACUACCAGAGGAGAGGGUAUUGACUGGAAUACUGAUGCUUUUAAUGAUCUCCGUUCAUACUGGAUGCAGCUUCUCACUGCUCUUUCUAAACCUCACCGUUUGCUGCCAUUGGACCGCAGGCUUGCUGGCAUCAACAAGACUGUCUGCUUUGAAGAAGCAUAUUUUGGGACUCCAAAAAUUGAUUUCUCUAGUCCUGAACUUUUGCAAUCCUAUGCAUUGUUUGUUAAGAAAGCCUUUGGAAUCAAAUCUCCAAAAACCAAUGUGGAUUCUAAGAAGCCUAAAAUUGGACUCAUUCACAGAGAAGGUCGCAGAAAGAUACUAAAUGAGGCUGAAUUAGUGAAAAGCAUGUCAGCAGUUGCUAAAGUGGAUGUUGUUGAUUUCUCCUUCAUGUCUGUUAAAGAACAAAUUGAAAAAGUUCAGCAAUAUAAUGUUCUAAUUGGAAUGAAUGGAGCAGGUUUAGUGAAUGCAUUGUACUUGCCAAAAUCAAGUGUUGCAGUUCAACUUGUACCAUAUAAGGCUCAAUUAAAUGUUGCUGAGUUUGCCAGUUUGUUAAGAAGUAGAGGCUCUUACAUUGAGUGGCAUAACAACCAUCCGGAACUGGAUCGCAGAAUUCCUGAAGAUGUAUUCCGGAAUGGUGCGGACACCAUUGUAGAUGUUGGAGAAUUUGUGCAGAUUGCAAGCAGAGCACUCCAAAUUAACAGGGACAAUUUACGAAGCUAAGAGUGUUGUGAAUGUUUCUCACUGUGUUUUAUGUGAUAAACUCUUCAGACAAUGUUUCGAGAAUGCUGAGGAUUACACUCUGUGAAUUAUUAUUAAGAGACUUCAGAGAGUGUUGUUAAUGGGAAGAACAAGAAUGAAUGUUUUCGAAGAAACUGAAGUGAAUAUUGUACAAAGGGAAAAUUGUUGCCGGUUUUGGCUAUGUUUAACUGACUAUCCAUUUAUUGGUGUGUUUUUAUUUAAGAGGAAAAUGCUUUUGACUGAUAGUGAGUUGUUUGAAAAAAUAAGUUUAAAACUGUUUUACUAUAUCAUAUUUAUAUUGAAAUCUGACAUGAUCUGUUAGUAAUUAAUAAUCACUUUUUUAAUAUACAGGUUAAAUUUACAUAACUAUGUACAACAAUCGAGAAAGAUCAUUUAAUUGUUAAUGUGAAGGGAAAAUAUAAACAUAUCCAAAUUUUACUAGGAUAUUAAAAUUUUUAAAUUUGAUUAUAUUUAAUUCUUAAUACUGCGUGGUAGCUUGCAAUAUAUUAAAUAUAUAAAAAUUCUCUUUAAAUUAAGACUAAUACAUCUCAAUUUGGAGAUAUAUUUAUCAUAAAAAAAACCUGAACUAUAAGUAUUUUGCAUGCCUAAAUAAUACAUAUUCAGGGUCCACACUAAGGAUUUCAAACGAUUAGCCAAAUAUUGAAAGUAUUCGCCAAAUGCAAAUCUUAACAAUUUUUUAUUUAUAUAUUUCUUUCCAGUGAAAGAAAUUGUUCUUCAAAACUCGAUUUUAGUCACCAAAAUUAUAAUUUUAUCAAAUUUGGCAAAGUGGCGUAUGCUUAGUGCGGGCCCUGCAUAUUUACAAGUGAUCAAGUUUUCUUAUUCAUGUUCAAAACAUUACCAUUUAAUAUAGUUAAAUUUAUAAUUUAAAAAUAUUUAUAGUUGAUUUUUUUUAAGAAUAUGCUUUAAAUAUAUAAAAAAAUUUGAGUAACGGAAAUUUUUAAACUUAUUUAAAAUGAUGCAUAAUAUAGAGUACAAUAAUAUUCAUUUAACUGAAAAGCUAUUAUACUUCUGCAGUGUGUUCCUGAACUAUAUGUAUUUUGCAUGUUUCAACAAUACAUAUUUACAAAUGUUCAAGUUUUCAUAUUCAUGUUCAAAACAUUUCCAUUUAAUAUAGUUAAAUUUAUAAAUUAAGAGUAUUCUUUAUAAAAGAAUUUUGUUAAAACUAUGCUUUAAAUAUAUAAAAUUUUUUAAUUGACGUAAAUUUUUUAAACCUGUUUGAAAUGAUUGUAAUAUAAAGUACAAUAUUAUUCAUUUAACUAGAAAGUUGUUAUACUUCUGCAGUGUCAAAGUUAUUGCAAUUGGUGCUAUUAAAUAUAUAUUGGAAAAAAAUUGUUCUAUAUUCAAGAGCUAAAAAAUUCUUGGCUGUUUGCGUGACAAAUUCUAUGUUACGUUAUUAGUUCAUGAUCGUUACAUUUGUAACACGUCAUUGCUACUGGUUACAAACCUUUUUUUUAGACUAUUAUUUCUAAAAUUUGUGAUAAUUUUGUAUAUAUUUGUAAAUAAUUGUACAGAAUGAAAUGUCAUUGUUUUAAAUAUAUUUCACCUCAGAUUUAUGUAAUUAGGAUUCUGUUUUACCUCACAGUGCCAUUUAUAGAGCCUUGACCUUAUACAAAGAUAGUAAUGUAUCAGAUUGUAAAACUUUUUUGUUUUACAAUCUAUAAUUUAAAAUAAAUAAAUAUAUAAAAAUUGUUUUUAAAAAAUAUUUUAAAAUUAAAAUAAACUAUGUGAUAAUAUCUUUUAUAAUUGUUGAAAGUAUUUAACAUAUUGUAGGCCAAAGUACUAUGAAUGGCAGUGUUAAUGUCUGAAAGUUACUAAAUCAUUGUUAAUGCUAAAAGAUGGCGUCAAUGUUUCAUUCUAAUUGUUGAAAGUGACUAUUCCAUUUAAGAAAUACAUUCCUGUUUGUUAUUGUAUGUUUUACUGGGUGAUAAAUUUUAAUAAAUUAUGUUUGUUCAAA